AUGCCUGCCUAUCAUUCCUCAUUCAACGAAGUUUCAGAUGUGCGACAAGUUGGAAACAUGUCUAUUCUUCCAAUAAAGACCAAAAUCAGGGGACCUUCUCCCAUCGCCGACCCAGAACAGCCAGAUAUUAUAGACGAAACUCUCGACCUCUUUCGCGCAAACUCUCUAUUUCGCAAUUUCGAAAUCAAAGGACCAGCAGAUCGCACACUUAUUGUCCUCAUACUCUUCAUUUCCGACUGUUUAGCCAAGAUCGGAAGCGCAAAAACGACACCCGGUAAAAUCGAGGCUAGGAAACACUUGAACACGUUAUCGGUGGACAGUUUCGCCAUACCAGGAGAUGCUAACUUUGCGCUGAACGCACACUACGCUGCGCCUUCAAGCCGCGCCGAUGCUGACUAUCUGCGGUCCUAUCUUACUCAAGUCAGGCAAGAGUUGUCGGAGAGGUUAAUCGUUAUUCUGUAUGGUGACGGAGAUAUACCCAGCAAGUGGUGGAUGUCGUUCCAAAAGAGACGAUUCAUGAAUCGGAGUCUUGGCCAAUAA